AUGCCCAACCUCUUGAAACACUACAAUUCUACUCUGGUUGGUGGCGCUGUUGGAUAUAACCCUGGGUAUGAGAUUUGUUUCGGGUCGGGAUGUCCGGUCGGCCCCGUUGGUUGGAAUAAAACAGUGGACGUUCUUAACGCGGGCCAAAGUGGUGCCUAUGCGUCGAAUUUGCUUCACGAAGCACAAGACUAUCUUGCUCCUCAAGUUAAAGCCAUGAAUAUCUCCCAGAGUCGAUACAAAUUCCUCAGCUUUCAAGUAGGCGCCAACGACGUCUGCCAAUUGUGUGCUGCUGCGGAUGCACCUAUGGGACCGGCAACUAAAAGCGAUUUUGAGAACAAUAUCCGAGCUACUUUGGAAUAUGUUCGCCAAAAUAUCCCUAACACAUUGGUCAACCUGUUCGGAGCAUGGCAGCUAACAGAUAUAUAUAGUUUGACUUCAGGCCAGAUCUACUGCAAACAACCCAUCCCAUUCGUUGAGCGCUUUGCUAUCGGGUGCCCAUGCAUUGCCGGUCAAGGAGAUGUUGGGGAGUUCACACGCGGUCAGAUGGAUCGUCUUGUUCAACAAUACAACACGGUCCUGCAGAACAUUGUAGCCGACUACAAGGCAAAGAAUUACAAGGACUUCGCGGUUAUCUGGCAACCUCCUAACCUGCCUUUCAAGAACUACCCAAUUCAAGCCGUAAGCAGUGUAGAUUGUUUCCACCCCAGUUCCGAUGCCCAUGCACGAAUUGCCGCCGGCCUCUGGAAUCGAUUGACUUUGGAUACAACUGCCCGCGCUGCACCUUUUACCUGGGAGGAGACCCCGACUUUGCGUUGCCUCGAGGAAUCUGAUCGAAUCCAGACCUAG